AAAAACACGAGGCUCAUGAAUUUAUCUCUUCAUGUUUGAUUCAAGAAAUAUUUAAAUAAAAAAACAUUGAAACUUGAGAUAGAAAAUGACGACAUUUGCUUUAAAUUUUCAAGGCAGUCAUCACCUUAAACAGAAACUUAUUCUGGCAACAAUCAGUGGUAAAUCAGUAAAAGUAACAGAUAUAAGGAAAGGUUCAGGAUUGCAAGAAUUUGAAAUAAAUUUAAUCAGAUUAAUUGACAAACUUACAAACGGAACAAAAAUUAAGCUAAGUCCAUCAGGAACAGAGCUUGAAUUCAUUCCAGGAAUUUUGCAUGGAGGGAAAAUUGACCAUCAAUGUUGUUUAGAAAAAUCAAUAGGAUAUUACAUUGAUGUUCUUAUAGCCUUUGGUCCAUUCUGUAAAUUUGCCAUGGAAGCCAAUCUAAAAGGUGUAACAAAUUCUGCAGACGAUCCAUCAAUAGACCAUGUGAAGGUUUCAGCUUUCAACAUAAUGAAGAAAUUUAUCGUUGAAGACAAUUCUUUUGAACUCAAAAUUAUCAAAAGAGGAAUGAAGCCUCUUGGUGGCGGAGAAGUUCUUUUUAAGAUGAAUCCUGUUAAAAAGCUUAAAACACUUCAGUUGAUGAAUCAGGGAAUGGUUAAAAGAAUAAGAGGUAUUGUUUAUGCUUGUAAAGUAUCUCCGACGUUUGCAAAUAGAACUGUUGAAGCUUCAAAAGGUGUAAUGUUAGGCUUCUUACCCGAUGUUUAUAUUCACACUGAUCAGAAUAAGGGUAAAUUAAGUGGACUUUCGUCAGGUUUUGGUAUCAAUAUGUCUGCAGAAAGUACAGAAGGCGUGAUUCAUUCAGCUGAAUACGUUUCAACAACUCAAGGAACACUUCCUGAAGAUAUUGGGAAAGAAUGUGCAAACAGGCUACUUGAUGAAAUAUAUCGUGGUGGAUGCUGUGAUUCAACGUUUCAGUGGAUUGUCAUGCUUUACAUGGCAUUGGGUCCCAAAAGUGUUUCAAAAGUUGUAGUGGGACCUCUUUCCCAAUAUAGCAUAACAUUUUUACAGCUUCUGAGAGAUUUUUUUGGAAUCACUUUCAAACUUGACACUUUUCAAGAUGAUAAACAUGAAGAUGAUGAAGAUUUUGACGAAAAAACAAGUCCUAAAGUUGUUCUCACUUGUCUUGGUGUUGGAUACUCAAAUAUUACAAAGCGAUCUGUUUCGAAAGCCGGUUCAGUUGAGAAGCAACUUUUAUUUCGCUCUUUCAAUUUUUGAUUCUCGGUGCUGAAUCUCAUCAAUACAAUGGCACAUCGUCACUUAAUGGCCGUUUGUGUUGUUUGCCUACUGUGCGCUGAACAUUUACCAUGUAAAGAACAUGUUCCAAAUGAAAAUAUCAAAGCAAUCGGAGACAGUCAACAAAAAUAUUUCCCACCGCCAUCAGAUCUUCGGACACAUGUGAAAGAAGCUGAUAUUCCACAUAAUUAUAUUUAUGAUAAGAGAAAAGAUAAAAUUAAAGACGAAAGUAAUAAUGAUGUGGCUUUAGUGAGACAUAAACGUCAUGGCGAUCACGGAAUUCACAAUCAGCAGCAUCAACAACACCAUCAUGAUGAAACACCGGAAGUAACAAAAGACUAUAUUAAAAAGAUUUUCAAUCGAUUUAGCAAUCGUAACACCAACACAAUGAAUGUUGAUGAAUUUGAAGCGAUGAUGAUGCAUUUGGAAUUGAAACAUUUGAUGAGAGAUAGCAGCAAAUUAGAAUUAAAUGAUAAUAAGACUUGUAUGAAUCAUUUGGAUUUUCUUGGAAAAAUGACAGAAAAUGAAGUAAAACAUGAUCAUCACCAUCAUGAUGAGCACGAUCAUGAAAACGAAACUAAUGAUGUUGAUGAAACUUAUCAAACGACAUUCCGUGAUAAGAUCAAUAUUGAUGCAGAGCACAUGUUGUCGAUGUGUCCAAUUAUUCUUUAUCAAAUAGUUAAUCGUAACUCACUUUUGGAAGGUAAUGGUUGUUUAAAUAGUUCCAAUUUUAUGGGAUCAUUACGAAUGGAACCGAUAUUAGAUGACGAAGAAAUUGUGAUGGAAUCGAGAAGUGAUGUUUGGCUAUAUUCAACAUUAUCAAUCAUUGGUGUAAGCCUUUGUGGAUUAUUAGGCGUUGCUGUCAUUCCAAUCAUGGAGAAACAUUUCUAUCAUCAAGUCUUACAAUUUCUCGUUGCCUUGGCCGUUGGAACAUUAGCUGGUGAUGCACUUCUUCAUCUUUUGCCACAUGCAAUGAUGCCAACACAUAAAGAUCAAGAUUUACAUCAAAUGAUGAUGUUACGUGGCUUAGCAGCUGUUGGUGGAAUAAUUUUCUUUUAUUUCUUCGAGCGAUUUCUCACAAUGAUCACUGAAUGGCGACAAAAGCAACAAAAACGAGAUAAACCAUCAUCACGUGUACGUGUGAUGCGCGAUCCCGAAUCAGCUUCAUUAAACAAUGGAAUUGCAACAUGCAAACAUAAAUAUAGUUCAUAUCCAUAUUGUUAUGAUGAGAUUGCAAUGGACACCAAAGAUAAUCAUCAUGAACAUCAAAAUAUUGAGGAAGAAAUGCUCACAACGAACAUUCUCUCAUCAUCAUUUCCUGAUGGGAAGAAGUUAAAUGGUCCGAUUGGUGAACAUGUCGCUGAUAACGACAACAAUACUUUAACUUUGUCUACAAGUGUUGAUGAUGGCUCAAUUGAAAGCAGCGCCUUGUAUAACAAUAAUAAACUUGCUGAGAAAAAUAAUGCACAUGGCGACAAGAAAGGAAAAAUGCCAGAAGAAAGUUACACAAUAAUUUUGAGAGAACAUCAAUCGAAUCAUCACGGUCAUUCACAUACACAUGGACAUGUUCAUUCACCUCCAGGAACAUUGUCAGCUGUCGUUUGGAUGGUGAUAAUGGGAGAUGGAUUGCAUAAUUUCACUGAUGGAAUGGCCAUUGGAGCUGCUUUCUCAAAUAAUAUUGCUGGUGGAAUAUCAACAGCUGUUGCUGUCUUUUGUCAUGAACUUCCUCACGAGCUUGGAGAUUUUGCGGUACUUUUGAAAGCAGGAAUGAGUGCUAAACAAGCUGUUUAUUACAAUAUUUUGAGUUCGGUUUUGAGUUUCUUUGGAAUGUGUGUUGGUAUUUGGAUUGGAGAUACUCCAGAAGCGUCUCAAUGGAUUUUCGCUGUUGCUGCUGGACUUUUCAUUUAUAUUGCUUUGGUUGAUAUGAUGCCUGAGUUGACAUCAUCACAUGGCAAAGAGGAAAGUAAUAUGCUGUGUCAAUGUGCGCUGCAAUUUAUUGGAAUGUGUUGUGGUUUCACCACAAUGUUACUUAUUGCGAUUUAUGAACACGAUCUCAAAGAAAUGUUCACCUCUUAGAGUUCUCGUAUAUCAUCGUUCAUUUAUGAAGAAAUAUCAACAAUUUCAAAGAAAAAAUGAGAAUCUGUUAGAUUUUCCACUCAAAAAAACAUUAUCUAAUAUUUUUUAUGAUUUGCGCGAUGCAAGUGGAUUAGUAAUGUUGAUAAGGAUAAUUUACAGGUGACAUGAUAAAAAAGAAACUUUAGAUUCAUUUUGAAAAAAUUUCAAAAAGAAAAAAAAAAAUAAAGUUUAGAUAGGAUAACAAAUUAAUGAUUGAAAUCCUCCCGAUUUAAUAGUUUUGGCGGUCAUGAUUUAAGAAUCUAAGUGAGAAUAUUGGAAUUAGUUUAAAAUCCACUAGUUAAGAAUCAUUUUCAUUUAUUAAUUUGCAUUAUAUUUCUCAUCAAGAACUGAAAAGCAUCAACAUAAUUGAAUAUUUUGGUUUAUAUAAUGGAAUCCAUUUUCAAGUUAAUCGUCACAGUAUUAUAUUCUUUUGGACGCUUGAUUUAGUUUUUCUUUUAUGAUUUGCUGAUUAACACGAAAUGAAAUUUGACAAUAAGCAGAAUUGAUAACAGAAAGUUUGUAUACUUUCUAUCACUCAAAAACGAACAACUUUUUAUGAAAGGAGAAAAAUUACAGGUUUUUCUAUUAUUAUCUUUUUAAUUUUAUAGAUUAAUUGAGUUUGAUUUGAUUAUCUAUCGGAGGCAAUUAUCUCUUAAAAAUUGAUCUUAAAUUUGUAUGUUAAGUUGAAGUACACGUAGCGUAUGUUACGUGAAAUUUUCGUAACGUACGUGACAUAACAUAACGUUUGACAUUGUCACUACGUUAUGUAAUUAUGUUAAGUUCAAACAUUAACAUUUAUUCACUUUUUGUACUUAUUUUCCAAUUUUUAAAGAUUUGUACCUUCUCCACCGUUUUAAUUUGCAGCAAAAAAAAGAAGAAAAAAAACUAUUUUUGUAGCUUCUCAAAUCAUACGAGAAACAUCAACUAAAAAGAUAGGAUUAAAACAUUCAAAUUAAUUGUCGUGUUUAGCACUUUUAGGAUAUUAUUCAAUUCAAAUAUUUACGCUAAAAUAGUGUUUAAGAAUACAUUUAAUUGAGAUUAAAGGCCGAUAAAAAUAAAUAGAAAAAGAAAAUUGAAAAA